ACCGCACGUGAAGCAGACAGCAUGGCUGAGGAAAAGGAAGCUGUGUUGGACCGGGUACAGGUGAAAAAGGCCGUCCAAGCCUUGCAGGCUUUCCUGAAAACCAAGUCGACCAGUGACUCCCUGUUCCUGGACGACACUCAGCAGAUCAGCCUGCUCUUCACCCUGUGGAAGAUCCCCAGAGAGGCACAGACCAUCCGCAUUCCCUUGCCCCAUGGCCAGCGGCCUGACACAGACGAGGUUUGCCUCUUCACCAGAGAUGAGCCCAAAAUGACCCCAGAACAGACCCAGAGGUUUUACAAGAAGCUGCUGGAGGUGAAGGGGGUCAAAAAUAUCACAGAGAUCAUCCCUUACAAGGUCCUGAGGACGGAGUACAAACCAUAUGAAGCCAAGCGACGUCUCCUGGGGAACUUUGACAUGUUCCUUGCUGAUGACCGUGUCCGCCGCCUGCUGCCGUCUCACCUCGGAAAACAUUUCUACCAGAGAAAAAAAGAGCCACUCUCUGUGAACCUGCAGAGCAAACAUCUGGCCAGAGACAUCCAGCGUGUCAUCCAGGGCACCAGCUUGAAGAUCACCAACAAGGGCUGCUGCUGCAUGGCACGUGUUGCCCACUCCGGCAUGACUGCAGAUGAGGUGACAGAAAACAUCGAGGCUGCUGUCCAAACAGUGGUGGCCAAACUACGUAUGAAAGGACCAGUGAUGAAGCUCAUCCACAUAAAGAGUCAGACGUCAGUGGCCCUGCCCAUCUACACCUCAGACCUGAACCACCUUGCUGUACUGGAGGACGCAGAGAAACAUGCUCAGACUCCCAAGAAAGCGGGAGCUGCAGCCAAAAAAAAGGCAAAGGAGAACAAGACGGAGGACAUAAAACAAACAGAUACCGCUGUAAAAGGAGAGGAGAAAAAGGUGGAGGAGGAAGAAGAGGAUGAAGAAAUCCCACAGCUGGUUCCCAUAGCAACACCUAGGAAAAAGCCUAAACUGGAGAAGCCAUCAAAAAAGAAGCAGCUGGAGAAAGCACCCAAAUCUUCUGUAGCGAAGAAGGAGAAACAAACACCAAGCAAACGGACGAAGAAUGCUGGCAAGACUGACUCCAAAGUAAAACGAAAAGUGCCUAAAGUGAAAUGAUUCUCGGCAGAGCGUCUUUGCACACUACCCUUCUCACCAUGGACAUUUUACACAGUACACAGGACUUGAUUGUCCACAGAAUGGUCAAUAUAUUCAGUCUGUUGUUUCUUGUUUUACUUAAAUGAAGCAGAUUAUAAAAGUUGUUAUUUG